AUGAACUUCUUUUUCAAAUCGAAGCAAAAGGGCCCGGUCGAAUUGGUCAAGGCAACCCAUGAGGCAAUGGCAAAACUAGACAACGGCGAGCACCAGCGCAACAAGGCCAACGACGAGAUCUCGAAGAACGUGGCCAACAUGCUAUCAAUACUGCGCGAGGGCGGCGCCGACAAGAAGGUCCCCGACGUGACAUCAGAGCAGGUUGCCCAGCUGGCCCAGGAAAUAUACACGACGGAGCUGCUGCCGCUGCUUAUCACGAACCUGUCGCGUCUGGAGUUUGAGACACGCAAGGAGGUCAGCAUCAUCUUUGGCAUGCUGCUGCGCCGGAAGAUUGGCACACGGCAGCCCACCAUCGAGUACCUACUGAAGCGCGAGCCGGUGCUGAGGGACCUUGUGCGUGGGUACGAGAACCCUGACGCCGCGGUGUUCUGCGGCAACAUGCUGCGCGACCGUCCUGGCCUCCCCGAGUUCUUCAACUUCUUUGACUACGUCGAGGGCCCCAACUUUGACGUGGCCAGCGAUGCCUUUGCAAACUUCCGCGAAGCCCUGACAAAGUUCAAGGCACCAGCGACAAACUUUUUGAACGCCAACUACGAUGCGUUCUUUGAAAAGUACACCAAGCUGAUUCUGUCCAGCAACUACGUCAUCCGGAGACAGUCGCUGAAGCUGCUGGGCGAGAUCCUGCUUGACCGCCGCAACUUCCACACCAUGACGCGCUACAUCAACUACAGCGACAACCUCAAGCUCAUCAUGAAUGCGCUGGCCGACAAGAGCAAGAGCAUCCAGUACGAGGCCUUCCAUAUCUUCAAGAUCUUUGUCGCUAACCCAAACAAGACGCCAGAGGUGUACAACAUUCUGCGCAACAACAAGGACAAGCUGGUUGACAAGGACGGCGACGAGCAGUUCAAAGACGAGAAAGCCUUCUUGAUCCGCGAGAUCCAGAAACUGCGAGCGCCCGCCCAGGUCUGA